AUGGCGGCCUGCGGUGGCCUGGGCCGGGCAGGGGUGAUACUUACUGUCUCAGGACGUGCCCUGGCCUUCCCUGAGAGUUGGGGUCCCCUAGAAAAAGCAGAUAGCACUCGGGUCACCCUGGAGAAGCAGAGCCUGGGGGCCGUGUGGUGGCCCUGGACUGGGGUCCGGAAAUGCAGGUUCGUGGUGUUUCUCCGGUACCAGUGUUACUAUGAGUACCCGCUGCUGACCUACCUGGAGUACCCCAUCCUCAUUGCACAAGACAUCGCCCUCCUGCUCUGUGUCUUCCAUUUCAACGGGGAUGUAAAGGGGGCAGCACCCUACAUUGUCCUGUUUGCCGCAUCCUGGUUCCUCCUCACCCUGCAGAAGUGGAUCAUCGAUCUGGCCAUGCACUGCUGCACGAUCAUCAGCGCGGCCAGUAAGUUCGCGCAGCUCCAAUGCCUGUGGAAGACCCAGGACUCGGGCGCCGUGAGCGCCCUGACGUGGAUCCUCGCUUCCUACACCUGCGCCACAAGAAUCAUCACGACGUUAAUGACCACCAGUGACCUCACAAUUCUUACACGCUUUGUGAUCAUGCUGGCUUUAAAUAUGUGGGUCACAGCUACAGUCCUGCGCUACCGGAAGGCCGCCGUAAAGGCUGAGUGAUGCCGCCUCAUUCCUUCAGACCGCAGAUUUCUAUAAACUGAACCGAAGGCCUGGGGUGGGGGUGGGGUGGGUAAAGCUAGAUGCUGAAUCAAGCCCAGUUUAUAAAUCCAGUCAGUUGUUCCAGAAGCUUUGAACAGAAGUCAACUGCAGCCAUUUGAACACUUCUCUGUGUCCACACCCCUCCGCGCUGCCCACUUCUCUGGCUUAACAGGGCUCAGGCCAGGGCUUCAGCAGGAAGCCCUUUGAGAUUGCAUUGACCUUUACUCAAAAGCCAUGACUAAGAUCUCUCCAAAGAGUAGCACUCAAAAUCUUUUAAGAAAUAAUCCUCUGUACAGCACAAAUGAGCAUAAAUGGACAUAGAGUACAGUUUUGCUCCACUCAGAAGAGAAACUGUAGUAUUAAGUUACUACAGUUGACUUCUGGGCCUCAUGUUUUAAUUGUAGCAGAAACAUACCAGGGUAAUAACCUUGUAUCAAACAUAGUAUAACUCCCCCUUAGGUUGGACUUUCGUGCUCCUUCGUUACACUGUGCCUUCAGGUCACUCCUAGUAAGAGGUACAGUUAGCUGUAACCUCUACUGGUGAUAGCCGAUCCGUGUAUUCCUGAUUGAUGCUGCUGCCAUUCUUAUAAGGAGCACACUCUACGAUUACCCUUGUUGGAAGCUGGAACAAAAUAUAGCUGAACUUGACCAGGACUUAGCUUUCAAAAACAUGCAGUAAAGGGUAUUGCCAGGUUCUGCCAACUUCUCAGAUUUUACUAUACUGAGUUCUAAACAUGUUAAGAUUAUUGUAUACUGUGUUUGCCUAUAAAAGUUUUAAAUCCAGCAUUUAGACAUUUUCCCCAUUAUAAUCAAUGGUAUUGUUAUAUGCAGUAAAUGAUGCUUACAGAAAAUGUUUCCUAUGUAAAAUAAAUUUUAUUUUGAACUCUG